UGGCUUUUUAUCACCCUUAGGUACAAGAGUCUCAGCAGCCUGCAGCUAACGCCGGACAAUAACAACUGCUCCUCCGUGACGCCGCCGACGAUCUCAGCCCACGGCAAGUCAUCAGUAGCCGGCGGUGGACCGGGACCAGGAGCAACUGCGUCGGGAGCACCGGCCACGCCGGGCACUCCGCCGGAUGUGGUGCUCAAGUGCGGCAGCAUCCUCAACGUGCACGGCUACCUGUCCAGCCCGCAUCCCCUGCCAUUGCCACUGCCCCACAGCCGGAGCUCCAGCAGCAACAACCACCACAAUCCGCGGGAGGGCACACUGGACUCGUCCCGCAGCGGAGGCCGGACUUCGGGCGACUCGAACAAGCUGCCCGAGAAGAAGACGCGCCGCCUGUCCCGGCCCAGAAGUCUGUCCAACCUGGUCUGGGAUCUGCGUCCGUCCAAGGAGAAGUCGAAGAAGAAGCUCUACAUCCAUCACUUCGAUCAGCGGCAGCAGGCGACGCUGUAUCUGUAGAAUGGUGGCAUGGAUGUAUCUCCAGGAUGACGACGAGGAAGAAGCAGCACGAUGAUGAUGAUUAUGAUGAUGUUGAUGAUGAUGUUGAUGAUGAUGUUGAUGAUGAUUCGUUGCCAACUCGUUUCUAGCUGCCAUCGACCCCCACAAAACAGAAACAGAAACAGAAAAAGUAAAAUAAAA